UUAGGCUAGUAAAUGAAAAACAGAAGAUGUCAUUGGCUGGUAAAAUCCUUCAACAAGGCUCCCGCCUUUGGAAUGGUCUCAGUGCCGCACGUGGCUUCCACAUUCUCAUGCGACCGGCGGCUCCAGCGAGCGUAACCAUGCAAAACACACAACUGAUGGCAGCCACAACUGGGAUCCCUCAAGGAACGGGCCUUCUGACCCCUGGGUCGACGUUGCUACAGCAAGUGGCCGGGUUUAAGGUAAAAGGCCGCCUAAAGCGUCGCUGCAAGGACUGCUACAUCGUGGUGCGCCAGGAGCGCGGUUAUGUCAUCUGCCCCACUCAUCCGCGCCACAAGCAGAUGUCGAUGAAAAAGCGCGACUAUAAGUCCUGGAUCCUGACACAUGCGACUCAGUCCAAGGAGCGCGGUUAUUAGUCCAAUUAGGCGUUAAAGCAUUUGUUUAAAUAUGUUCUUAAAUAAACAACAAAAAAUCA